AUGAGUCUGAAUUGGGCAAUGCUUGCUCAAGACGAGCCUGUCUUGCUUCCCGGUGAACAUCAACACUUGUUUCGGCAACACGGCAUCAAAGCUAUACUCGAUUGUGAGACACCAGAUACCCGCUUCGAAGCAAAAGGAAAGCUUUAUGUAUCCAAUCAAAGAAUUGUCUUUGUAGCUCAACCAUCCACGCCAUCCCUCCAAACAUUGAACAUACCUCUGAGGAAUCUACGUAACUGGAAACUCGAACAACCAUGGUUCUCAGCCAACUACAUCACAUCCACAUUGAUCCCGGUGCCAGGAGGAGGGUUACCACGCGCUGGCAACCUUACAUUGACAUUUACUGAAGGAGGAGCCAUUGAAUUCACGAGUGUGUACCGCACCUUGUUGGAACGCCUUGCAGUGGAUGGAACAACUGAAGAGCCUUUACCAGCCUAUGAGCCGCCCCCCUAUUAUAACCCAUGA